AUGCAUACUCUCAUGCUCCACGGUCACACUACUAGCGCUCUCAUUUUCAAAGCGCAGACACUCCCAUUCCGAUCCAAGCUGGACAAGUCAUUCACCUUCGACUUCGUGGAUGGUCCUUACACAUUGCCGGCACCACGUGGUCUGUCAACAGUCGUUUCAACCUCUUACGGCUGGAUCAAAAACAACGAUAUCGACAGCCUACGUGAAGCUGUCCAAUGGCUAACAAGCUAUGUCGAGGUCAACGGACCAUACGACUGCAUCUGCUGUUUCUCCAAAGCUUCAGCAGUCGUAAUGGCUAUGCUCAUGGACGAAACCCUCGUUGACACGGGACUGCGCGAGCGUAUCAUGCCCGGUUCAAUCAUCUUCAUCAACGGCAGCAUUGAGUACCCGUUCCUCGAGGAGCUAGGCAUGCCCAUCACCCCCAAAGCUCGCCAAAUCAAAUAUAAAACCGAACAGCUGGUCAAGCAAAGAAUCGAAGGCGUUGCCAAACUUGCCCGGACCCUUGUGAAGCCUGGUGUUGGUAAUGGUCUCUGGGAUGAUACUAGCAAGUUGAUGCACAACCCCAAGCGUCUGCCUCCGGUCUUCGAUUGUUUUGGCUUGGAUUUCACCUUCCUUCCCCAAGAGGCUUUGCUCAGCAUCCCCAGUGUGCAUAUUGUUGGAGCAAAGGACCCUAUUUGGCCUUCAGGUGUUCAGCUGGCUUAUCUAUGUGAUCCAGCUAAGCGUCAGUUCUAUGAUCACCAGGGUGGUCAUGAUUUGCCUAGGACGCCCCAAGUGGGCGCUGAUAUUGCGGCGAUCUUCAAGGAAUUGUCUUUGAAGAUGAAAUGCUAG